CUGAAUCGCCUGGGUGGACAGUAUAGUUACUUCAACAUUAAAUGGAAUAAAAUGCCGUGGAUUCAUGUAAAUAGAGACGUCGCUUCAGCGUAAAUAAUUAAUGUGUCUUAAUUAAGACAGAUCACUUCCGGAGCGGGUGUUGGCAGACCUAUUUUCGGUUUUAUAUCAGCAAUAUUUCAGGGAGAGGAGUGACGUCCUCCUCACCACACUGACUCCAGGGAGGUUUAUCAGUUUCGUCCCUGCUGAGCAAACGAUGAUCUGAGGAUCCUCUUGACUCCUCAUCCUCAACAACAACACACACACACACACACAUAUCUGCAUCACCCACUUUUCACUCUCGCUGCCCUUCGGCGAAAGAGUCGACCUCAUUGCCUCACCGCACCUGGGCAGAGAAAUGCGUGUGUGCGUGUGUCCUGGGAUGCAUGACUGUGUCUGAGUGUUUUCGGGCUGAAGUAAGAGGUUGUGGGCUGAACUCCUUCUCCGAGAGGCACAUCUCCACUUGACUGACUACGACGUUUGCCUCCACAACUGCAAAGCAUCAUGGGUAGGAAAAAGAUUCAGAUCCAACGGAUCACCGACGAAAGGAACAAGCAGGUGACAUUCACAAAGCGAAAGUUCGGCUUGAUGAAGAAAGCCUACGAGCUGAGUGUAUUGUGUGACUGCGAGAUCGCCCUGAUCAUCUUCAACCACGCGAACAAGCUGUUCCAGUAUGCCAGUACUGACAUGGACAAGGUCUUGCUCAAAUACACAGAGUACAACGAGCCUCACGAGAGCCGAACCAAUGCAGAUAUCAUUGAGACUUUGAGAAAGAAAGGCUUUAACGGUUGUGACAGUCCAGAGCCUGACGGUGAAGACUCCAUCGACCAAAGUCCCCUAAAUGAUGACAAGUACCGCAAGACCACCGAGGACCUUGAUGUUCUCUUCAAACGCUAUGGACAGUCCACAGCUCCGCCCCAGACGUUCUCCAUGCCCAUUACGGUCCAGGCAUCCAAUCAGAGCACACUGCAAUUCAGUAACCCUGGCAACGCACUGGUAACUACCUCCUAUGUAACAUCAUCGUCACUCACGGAUACCCACCUCCUGUCGCCACAGCAACCGGCUCUUCAGAGAAAUACGGUGUCUCCGGGGUUGCCACAGCGACCAGCCAGCGCAGGUGCUCUUCUUGGAGGCGACCUGAAUAAUUCAAAUGGAGGAUGCCCCAGUCCAGUCCCUAAUGGAUACACCAGUGCCAGGGCCUCCCCAGGCCUCCUCACCGUUUCCAACGGCAACAGUCUGGGGAAAGUAGUUCCGGCCAAGUCUCCGCCCCCACCUCAUAGCCCCCAGAUGGUCAACAGCCGCAAGCCAGACCUCCGAGUCAUCACCUCACAGGGUGGAAAGAGCCUCAUGCAGAUGAACGCCCAGCGGCUGGCGGCUGGAGCCCAGGUGGCACAAACCCUCACAACACCGGUGGUCUCUGUAGCCACACCGAGCCUCCUGGCACAGGGGCUGCCCUUCUCCGCCAUGCCCACAGCAUACAACACAGAGUACCAGUUGACGAGCGCAGACAUCACUGCUUUACACGCUCUGGCCUCACCUGGCAGCUUGUUGCCAACCAGUGUGUCCACAUGGCAACAGCAGCAACCACAGCAACAACAACAACAGCAGCAACAACAGCAAACACAACAACAACAGCAGCAACAGCUUAAUCUUGCAUCACUCAGCAACUUGGUCAUGUGGGGCGUGGACAAACAGAGCAGCGAGCUGUCUAGCCAGGUGUCCAGUCUGGCUGCCAAUCUGAGUGUUGGCUCUCCGUCCAACCUGCUCUUGGGUAGAGAUGAGUGGUUGGGCCGGCCUGUGACCAAUAUACCUCAAGGCGCAAUGCUGACCGUCAACACAAACUCCAGCGUGAGCAUCAAGUCGGAGCCCGUCUCGCCCGGCCGGGACCGCAGCACCCCUUGCCCUCAUCCUUCUUCCACCACGCCGUCCUCGACCUCAGGAGUGGCCAUCCUGACCGCGCCGCCGCAUUACCCUGGCUCCCUGCUGUGCCUGGAGCCCCCGACCGGCCGCUCGCCCGCAGACAGCGUGAGCAGCAACGCCAGCUCCUUUGAAGGCAGCGAUCGGGAUGACGGGGGUGCUGCUGCAGGUGGAGGCGGAGGCAGUAGCAGUAUCGCCGGUGCUACAGGAAGCGUCGGACCCGCCAGCCGGUCCGUGCCGCACGACUUCAGCCCCUCAGCCGAGCUCCUCAGGGCGUCAAACGAACCAGAGCAGGAAGGAGGAAACAUCAAGCGCAUGAGAUUAGACGCCUGGGUCACAUAGAGGCAGUGGUGUGAUCUUUCUGCAAUCCCCCUCCAACUCCCCCCACCCCCUC